AUGUCGGAGGUCUUGCGUUCCAUAGAUAAAGAAUUGGUGACCCUAUGGAACUCCACGGUCAACGAAUGGACAUCGGGCCAAAUGGAAUCACCAGGUGAAAGUGAAGGCAUACCGUACGCCGACGCAAAGCAACUGGUUGUGACAACUGACCGACUGCAGUCUCUUACACGACAGAAUGGCGCCAGUGAUCCUUUCAGUCUUCUUCAUGAGUACAUUGGUCAAAUUCUAACUACCAACGAUAGCCAAGAUGAGGAUUGCAUAAAAGCUGCUGUCUUCGUCGAUCCGCUUGUGAUCUACGAGGAUUCAAGUGUCAACAUCGACGUCUAUAUAGAGAAUUUACAGGAUUCAACUCUAACUAAUAUCGAUCUAUCAAUCGAAUUCGUAAGGAACGACAUGUUCGCGCCGGCGAUUGACUUUGGCGUUGGUCCGUCAUGGUCGGCUGGCAUCAACAGUAUGAACGGAUUUGUAUGUCUUGUGAUAAGUUGA